AUGACUCAGAAGACGAUAUUGAAUCUUGAGCUCAGCACGACACGCAUCGCUGAAGCUGUUAGCGUUUACAUACGUUAUAAAGUUACCGAGCUGCAAGAGAUGAAGGGCUUCGAUGAUGGUCGGCGAAACCAAAUUAUCCUGUAUCUCGACGGUAAUGCCAACCAGACAUUUCUUUGGGUGGCCAUGGUUUGCGAGCGUCUCCAGAGCUCCAGAUCGUGGAAGAUACUUGAUGGUCUGAAAGACUUGCCUGCUGGACUCAAUGCUCUUUACGGGCGGAUGAUUCGUUAUGUCGAAGACUCGGAAGAUGCUGAUCUUCUCUUCGAAGUUCUCUCACUUGUCUCUGUCGCUCAUCGGCCAAUGAGCCUCUCCGAAAUGGCGGCUAUCCUCAACAUACCGAGUGAGAUUACGAUGAACGAAAAGAUUCUACGAGAAGUGAUUUGCUGUUGUGGUUCAUUUUUGACGAUAAGAGACGACUUUGUCUAUUUCAUACAUCAAUCUGCUCAAGAGUUCUUGCUCCAUCAGACGGCUAGCUUGGUCUUCCCUGGUGGGAUAGAGAAGAAACACAUCUACAUCGCCCUGAAGUCACUCAGUGUGCUAUCCGGUAUUCUCAAGCGUGAUAUCUACGAUCUGGGAGAGCCAGAUCUCAGCCUCCGAUAUCAAAACUCCGUCUGA